CACGCAGCUUGUGGAAGUCGUUGCUGCAACGUUGACUUUUUCAUCUCCCGGUGAUUUAGAAGAGACGUCCUGCUUCAGUCUUUGAAACUCUGUGCUAAGAAGAUGAAGGGGGUCAGCCUCUGUCUCCUUCUCUGCCUGCUCAGCUUAUGUCUUCAUGCAAGUGAGAACAUCUUGAGGUCUCUCCCAGGUAGAAAUGUGAAAAUUCCUUGUCCAAGAGGUGACUCUUUUCCUGGGAUGAAGUGGUACAGGCAGCUCACCAAGCAGCCCCCGGUGCACAUCUCGAUUCCAGUGUACUCCCAUUACUCGGUGUACUCACAGGAGUCCAGUCACUAUGAGUUGGGAGAAAACCAAACCUUGCAGGUCAACAAUGUGGACUCCAGGGAUGAAGGCACAUACUACUGUGGGCACCUGGAAAAUGAAGUGAUCAUCUUCUGUAAAGGAGUCAGGCUUAUCAUUGGCGAGAUUCAGGAAAUUCCAGAGACCACAAGUUCUGACAAUUCUCAUUAUUGGCUGUUCAUAGUGCUGGGAGUUCUGCUGCUGGCCGUCACGUGUGUCGCUGUGUGUGCCGUGUACAAGCUGAGAUUUUCAGGAAAACGAUCAUCAAACAACGACCAGAAACAAACUUCAACUUCUGUGGUCUCAACUGUCAAUGGAGUACCGGAAGGUGAUUACCAGGAACUCGCUUACAAUCACCAGUCCAUCUACCACGUAUGUGACAAUCGGGCCGAAGUGCAGAUGCCAAAGAGAUAAACAACGAAUGAAGAGACAGCCAUCUUGGAUUGUGGCUGGGCUUGAAGAGGGGGCCGUGACUCUCCUACACUCCCUCUUUGUUGGUCCUUCGACAGUCACUUCUGUCCACUGAGACAUGUCCAGUCUGUGAGCACUGUGAACAGUCACCAAUAUGUCCUCUUUUGUCCCUCACUAGUGCCACCUCCCCUUUACUAUUCCAUUUGCAAAGAUCCUUUCCAUUCCCUCCCACGUUGAUUCAUUUUCUGUCCAUUUUAUUGAGUUCACCAGCCUGUGUUUGUGUGAUGCUGGACUGUAAUUGUUGUGUGUGCCGUUAAUGGCGCCAUAUAAAAUAAAGUCAGAGAGAUAUA